UCAUGAUCUAACUGCAGGAUGAAAAUAAAGCAAGACAAGCUGCUAUAAUAACACCACCUCGUUCUCUGGUAAUAUAGUUUAAAGUGAGAUUAUGGCUUGUGGAUUGCAGCAGGCUAUGACUGUGCAGAGGACAGAGGGAAGAGAUAAGAUAAAAGAUGGAGACAGUGGCUAUAACAAAAACCUGUUCUGCAUUCCUAAGCAUUAUGAAGAAGAUAUAGAAAGAGUCUUCAUUCCUCACGGACUAAUCCUGGACAGGACAGAACGUUUGGCUAGAGAUAUCAUGCAAGAUAUGGGAAGCCACCACAUUGUUGCACUCUGUGUCCUUAAAGGAGGCUAUAAGUUCUUUGCUGACUUGCUGGAUCACAUAAAAGCACUAAAUCAAAAUGGUGAUAAGUCUGUGCCUAUUACUGUGGAUUUUGUUAGAAUAAAAAGUUACUGUAACGAUUCACCCACAGAGAAAAUCAGUAUUGUUGGAGAAGAACUGUCUGCAUUAAAUGGGAAGAACGUGCUAGUAGUAGAGGAUAUUAUUGAGACUGGUAGAACAAUGAAGGCUCUGCUUUCAAAACUGAAGGACAAUGAACCAAAGAUGAUAAAAGUAGUAAGCUUGCUCAUUAAAAUGACAAACCGAAGCCCAGGUUACAGACCAGACUAUAUAGGUUUUGAAAUUCCAGAUAAGUUUGUGGUUGGAUAUGCCCUUGACUAUAAUGAGUACUUCAGAGAUCUGAAUCACAUUUGCAUUCUCAAAGAGAAAGCCAAAGAGAAAUACAAAAUCUGACAUCAUCAGUCUUCUGGACUAACAGCUCACUGGCCUGUGCUGUGUGUGUGAAGAAGUGAUCUACUAGCCACGCUCAUUUCACUGAAGCACUACUCUGAGGAAUGAAUGCAUUUCUAAAGACAAACUUCUGCAUGUUUUUUUUUUCCUAUAAUUUUGUGAUUAAGGAUGAAUGACACCUUUCAGGUGUUUCAGUGGAAUGAGAACAGAACAGUGGUCAUAAACUUGAUAUCGGAACAAAGUGGAUACAGAAAGGAUGUGCACGUAAAUAUGUCUGAGUUUUUAUUUACUGUAAGAAAUAACACGGGUAUUGUACAUAAGCUACAAAUUUAAGUAUGUAAACAUUUGUGAGUAGUUAAACAGGCUAAACAACAGAGAAAAAAGUAAUCAUCCACAUAAUUAGUGUGAAUUACCACUCAUC